CCCACCCUUUUAUCUUCACUCAUAAGAAAGCAAUCAGAUCAACUUCCAUAAUUUUCAAUUGUUUUCGUCACAUGAUUAACUUUUUAGUCACUUAGAGAGAGAGAGAGAGAGAGAGAGAGUGUGAGGAAGGGAGAGAUGUAUGUGACAAGGCCUUUAUCGCUCUACCGGAAUUCUCCUAGUGCUGGUUCGGUACAGCCACCAGAUGCUCCAUAUUCAGGUUAUCUAGUUUUUACAGACGAAGAAGCAGAAGCGCAAGAAACAUGUUGUUGGGGUGUAUGCAAGAACAAGAGAAUUACAAAUCUACCAUUUCCUCAAGACAAGAUUUUAAAGGUUGUUCACUCAUCUGAACACGAAGAGCCGUCUGUUACAGAGGUCUGGUUCAUCCCAGUUCUUGAUCAACCGCUCUCAUCCAACCGCUAUUACGUCAUCAAAGCCAGAGGCAAGUAUAAAGGGCUAGUUUGCACGUGUUCAAGAGAGGACGACGUUGUUGGAUGCUGUUUUAGAGAUGUCAUAAGAGACGUAAAGCCAAUACCUUUCGAUCAUAGGGACAUAUACCAACAAGUUGAGAUUCAUCGCUAUUUGAAAAGUAGUUUCUACGCAAAGUCAGUAUCUGGUGACGGUUUUCCUCCAAAAUUCCUAAGAAGAAAGGGAUGGGAAGUUUACGCCUCCACUUCAUCAAUGAAAAUUCAAGUAAGAGAAACUGAAGGCCUCAACACCUCUCUCCCAAUUCACCUUCCCAGAUUCAAUUUCCCAGUAUAUUACAAGUGCUCCCCUUCAGUUGUGAUAGCGAAAUGGUAUUGCCCAUUUGUGUUUGUAAAGGAGGAAGCUACUACAGUAGAAUACCAAGUUAGAAGAUCUUUGUUGUAUGAGAUGACACUUGAGCAAUGGUGGGAAGAGAUAUAUUUGUGCGAAAACGAAAGCAAUGAAGCCAAUGUUGUCGUGAUUGUGAAUGUGAACGCUACUGUGAAGAGUGAAGCUGUUCUAGCAUAUGGGAUUGAAGCUGCGAAAGAUGAGAGACAUGUUGAUGAUAUUGAUGGGUUUGUUUGGUUUAGAGUAAUUGAAGACCAGGUUUGGAGAAGAGUGGUGGGUAUGGGUGUGGGUUUGAGUUCAGCAAUUGUUGAGAAGAUGAGAUGGGUGGAAGAGAGAAGAGGGUGGGUUGAUGGAGGGGAGAGAGGUGUGAUAGUGGAGAGGGAAGAAGAGGUCAGAGGUGCGUGGAAGAGAUUUAGUUGUUAUGUGUUGGUGGAGAGUUUUGUUCUGAAGAGAAGAAUGGAUGGACUCGUUUUGCUAAGUUGCAAGUUUAGGCACACCCACAUGACCCAAUGCAAAUGGGAGUGAGGUUUCUAUUUUAUCAAUUCGGGUUAAUUUUACUUUUUAUCUUUUAAACUA